GGAAAAUAAAUGGAGGCGAGAGAAUAAGUUAUGGUAUUUUUAAUUUAAUUUUAUAGAUCACAAUGUCAUCUGUAACAACGAAGCGUAAAUACGUAUUUCAAGAGCUCGACGAUAUGAGUCUCCCUACGGAUUCACAAAGCAUCGUACGAAUUGUGCAGGCGCGUGGUCACAAUCUUCAUGAAGUCGUCACUCCCGCCGGAGAACAGUACAUUGUCUCGAUGCCUACUAAGUUCAGGCAAAAUAUCUGGAUAAAGAGAGGUGACUACAUUGUUAUCGAGCCAAUCGUGGAAGGCAAGAAAGUCAAGGGCGAAAUUGUUAAGAUACUUACAAAGAUAAGGGAUGAUUUACUGGCUUUAGCUCGACUGAAUCCUUUUGACAUAAACGAACAUGAAAAAUACUGCACAAAUGUUGCUAGCAUAGAAGAAGGUUUCUGA